CGGAAAGCUUCUUAUCAUUCUACUGGAUCACCAUCGUAUCGUGCUUCCCCUGCGGUACUCUACGAUCACCGAACAACCCACGACACUAUCUCGAUCGCUGCUUCACUGGGGGUGUUUUCAUCCCUGGCGGCCCUCCCGUUGCAGCAUGUUGUUUUCGGCGUUGCCCUUCCUCGUCCCGUCGGCGCUCGCCGCUCAGCCCUCCGCGCCGUCCCCCAUCUCCGGUCCCCUGCGAGACCUCGAGUUCGGACAACUGAAUUUCCUCCAUACCACCGAUACUCAUGGCUGGCUGGCUGGUCAUUUGCAGGAGCCAUCCUUUUCGGCGGACUGGGGUGACUAUAUCUCCUUCUCGGAGCGUAUGCGGGAAAAGGUAGAAGCCCGGGGACAAGACUUGCUGGUCAUAGAUACGGGCGACCGCGUCGAGGGCAAUGGUCUUUAUGAUUCGUCCGAGCCCAAAGGUGUUUAUCUCUCGGAGAUUCUCCGCCAUCAACAUAUCGAUGUGAUCACCUCGGGAAACCAUGAACUAUACAAGCAGAACACUUCGGAGUCCGAGCUUCUAUACACCGUACCUAACUUCCGGGGCAAAUAUCUCGCCUCGAAUAUUGACAUCUACCAUCCCGAGACGGGCGAGCUGGUCCCGUUGGCUCCCCGGUACAAGAAAUUUACUACUAAACAGCAGGGCAUUCGCAUCGUAGCAUUCGGCUUCUUGUUUGAUUUUACCGGCAACUACAAUAAUACGGUGGUGCAACGCGUGGAGGAUACGAUCAAAGAGGACUGGUUUCAAGAAGCCAUCCGGGACCACGAAGUCGAUCUCUUCCUAGUGGCCGGUCAUGUCCCCGCCCACUCGUCAGAGUAUCGGGCGAUCUACCAGGAGAUUCGCGGGAUCCGGUGGGACACGCCGAUCCAGUUCUUCGGUGGACAUCAGCAUAUCCGUGACUAUGCAAAGUACGAUUCCAAAGCCGUUGCGCUGGCCAGUGGGCGGUUCAUGGAGACCAUUGGAUUCAUGUCGAUCGAUGGACUUUCUACCAGUAAUGGACCAAGCAAGACAUCGCAGCCCAUCUUUAACCGGCGCUAUAUUGACAACAAUCUCUUUUCUUUCUACCAUCACACGGGACUUGAUGCGGACUCUUUCCCAACUAAGAAGGGCCGCAAGGUCUCUCGGCUGAUCUCCGAGUCGCGGACUGCACUGCAGCUUGAUCAGGUCCAUGGCUGCGCGCCCAAGGAUUUGUGGAUGUCAAGAGUCCCAUACCCAAACCCCGACAGCAUCUAUACCUGGCUGGAGACCGAGGUGCUGACCCAGACGUUGAAAGACGAAGCUCGGGGCGAGAGGCCAUCCGUGGCCAUCCUGAACUCGGGUGCUAUCCGCUUCGAUAUCUUCAAGGGUGUCUUUACCCAGGAUACUACCUGGACCAUCUCCCCAUUCACCAAUGGAUUCCGCUAUGUAAAGGACGUUCCGUACGAGAAGGUCCAGCUGAUUAUGGAGGUUCUUAACAAACAGACCAAGAUCCUGACCGCUUUGCAAGACGAGACAGAGCCCUCGUUACUCCCUCUAGCAUCCCCCGAGCAGCUUGCGCGUCCCGAGACUAACGUGGAUGACGACGAAACUUCAGGCCAGCGGCAUACCGUUGACAUGAGCGGCUCAAGCCAGCUGCCGCUGUCUGCCUCUAACACUGUUGGCAAAAUUCUGCCAGGAUACACCACCAAGGAUGACGCCGGCGAAGAUGGAGACGAUACCAUCCACGCGCCGAUCUCCUUCUACAAGGUACCCAACUGUAUUCAAGCCUUGAUCUCCGCCAAUUCUUCCGAUGUCCCGAAGAAGGUAGAUCUGGUUUAUAUUGAGUUUGUGCAACCGUACCUGGCACUGGCUGCCAAGUUUGCUGGUCUUGAAAUCGAUUUCGUCAAGGAGAGCGACGUGUAUAUGCCGAAUGUCACUUUGACGGAUCUCAUCCUGGAAUGGGUGAGGAAGCACUGGAAGUGCGAGUGAUGCUGAAUUAGAUUUGUCUCUAGCUUUGUUUCCUUGUUCUUACAACUAAUGUUAUCAUGCAUGCUUUAUGCAUAUUCCUACACAGACUUUACUCAGCGGCUGCCGUCGCCUUAGUGAUACUGAGGUAAAUCAUAGACAUUGCCCAUGUAUAUAUCACUUUAAUCAGAAAAUUAUGGUACACUAAAUCCCUUUACUCUGGGGAAUAUUUACUCAUCGCCACCAGUAAAGGUAAACACUCCCUUACCACUGCGAUAUCCUCCCAAAGUACCCUGGACGCUCUCUGCAAGCUGCGCCCCCUCAGCCUCCCAUUUCCACUCCACGUUAUCAACGGGGAUGUCCUUGAACCGACCAGAGCGAGUCAACUGCAAGACGUCCUUGAUCGUGUUCUCCUUCAGCGCCGGGUUCUUAUCACCCCACUUGCUCACCCAGAACCCAUCAAAGGUCAAGUUCUUGAAGAUCAACAAGCCCGAAGGCAGAGCCACGGGCUGUUUCGACAUGGCACCGUAAGUAACCAUAUGCGAGUCCGGCGCCAGAGUCUUCGCCAACGCCGUGGCAUUCUUACCACCAACACAGUUCAGCGCCAGCCGAAUAGGCUCACGGCCCUGACGCGUAAACUCAUGAACCAUAUCCCUAAAUCCACCCGUCAACAUCUCUUCCUCCGUCACAACGGCGGUAGCACCCAAAUCCUUAAGCUCCUGCUUCAACGCCUCGGUCUCCUCGGGCGUCUUCCGGCCCCGAACCACAUUCAAAGAUUUAAUCCCCCACUCCCGACAAAGCUGGAUAGCCGCACGUCCAACACCGCUAUUCGCACCAUUCUGAAUAAGCCACUCCUCCCCAGCACGCAUCCAAUCCCACUCGCAGAAAUCCCGGAUCAUCCGGUACGCAGUCACCGGGUUCACGCUAACGGUACCAACCUGCAACGGGGUGAGUCCGUCCUUGUUCUCGAUGCGGAUGAGCUGGGAUUCGUCGAGUUGAGCGUGCGUCCGCCAGGUACCCUGACCCGUGCGCUUCAUAAUCACCCAGUCUCCCUUGGAAAGAUUCUUGACUCCCGCGCCCGUGGAGAUUACCUCGAAGGCACCUUCGUUUCCGCCGACGGCGGCAGGCUCGGCGGUGCCCAGGGAGGUCUCGAAGGGUGGCUUGCUGGGGUAUACGCCUUGGAUUUGGUUGACGUCGGCUGGGUUCAUGGGUGCGGCGAGGAGGCGUAGGUUCACCUGGGUGCCGUGGGGUGCGGAGAUGGAGUGUUUGUGCAGACUGGUUCAGUGUUAGGAUUCGUUGAUUGACAUUGCGCUUGGUAGAUAUUGCAGAGCGCAUGGAAAGGAAGUUGAGUCGCGACUGACCUGAGAACAUCCUUCGGCUCACCAUAUUUGGAGUAUACUAGGGCCUUGGCUUGUGUGUAGCCGUACAUGGAGAUGUACCGGCGGCCGUGGAUGGGGAGUGUGGAGCUACUGCUGGUGCAUGGAGCUACAGCCUGAGCUUUGCCGGUCGCAGCGAGGCUCGCGGCGCGAGCUGCGCCCGGAAGGUGAGAGCUUUGAGUAGCAGCUCGAAUUGCGCUACGUGAUAGCAUUGUGGGGUAUAUAAAGGGUUGUAGGGGAA